ACAAGGUGACGUUUUAGCUUCUUGCGUCUCAGAACGCUUCCGGUUGAAGGCGAGACACGGAUGUGCGCAUGCGCCAUAGGCGGUGGCUGGUUCCAGUGCGCAUGCGCAGCACUGGCGCCGUAAAGAAAAUGAAUGCAGCAGAAAGCGGAUGAAGAAACGUUAUGGGCGGUUAGUCUCACUCUGGAAAGUCUGCUCACUCUGUCUGUGCGUGGCGUGUGUACAGAGGUCAAAGGUUAUGGGGGAGGACAGUGGGGUUUUCGUGGACUGGUCGCUGAUGGCCGACGUGUCCCGUGAAGCAGCACCAGGAAAAACAGAAUACACAGACGCUAAGGAGCGGAAGCGCCACGCCCGCUCGGGUCAGUGGGUGAAGAGCCACUCGCAGCGAGCGCUGGUGUACCGGCGCCUCAUCAAAGCGUUGCCAUGCCGCUCUGUCACGCCUGACGCUAGCACCUACCGCGCUGCAACGGAAAAACAGGCCAAACGGGACAGCGCCACAGACGCGAAACUGAAGAACGGAGACAUGUUGGCUGUAGCUUUGCCUGAGUUUGCGUCCGGAGCCCCCGUUCCACAUUACUGCUUGAAGCGUGAGUCCGCGAGUUCAGUGGGCUCCAUUCUGGAGCAUCUAGCGUCUGAAUUUCCAGACAUUUCCUAUUGCCCGCUGUUACCCGCCGUCACGGCGCUGCUGCUUCACUGGUGCUCGGACGAGGCUCAGUGUUUCGAAGCCGUGGCUCGAUUGUUGGCGACGACGCAGCAGCAGCGCAUGCUACACCAAACCUUCCUGGCUCACCGCGCUUCCUGCAUGACCUUCGGUGACCUGGCACGCAAGCACUGCCCCGCCGCUCACGAGUAUAUUGUUUCCUUGGUGACCGAAAAGAAGGAAGACGUGGCGGAGGUGUACGGAGACUGGCAGCGCUGGGUGUUCGGCGAUCUCCCGUUCUCCCACGCCGCCCGGGUCAUGGACGUCUUCCUGGUGGAAGGCUUUAAAGUGCUGUACCGAGUCGCACUCGCCCUGCUCAAGCUCUACAGGAAGCAGAAACUGGACAAGAGGACGAGCAGGAAGGACUCGGACGGGGUCAGGGGCGACAUGCGAGAGUUCGUGAAGGGGAUCGCCAGCAGCGUGAGUCCCGAUAAGCUGAUGGAGAAAGCCUUCGCCAUAAGGCUCUUCAGCAGAAAGGAGAUCAACCUGCUGCAGCUGGCUAAUGAGAAAGCGCUCCAGCAGAAAGGCAUCACUGUCCAACAGAAGAGGUGUAAUGUGGACCUGACGGUGAAUGUGGACAGUUUCUGCUCUGACAUCAUCAGUGUGAAGGAGAUCAGAGACGUGUGGUCAUGGAUUCCUGAGCGAUUCGCUCUGUGUCAGCCUCAGCUGCUGUUCAGCACCUCCACACACGGCUGCAGCCUCAACCGGUUUUAUUCACAAUGUGAGGGACAUGAACCCACACUACUGCUGAUCAAGACUACUGACGGAGAGGUGUGUGGGGCAUUCCUAUCCACAGACUGGGAAGAGAGGAAACGAGGAGGAAACACACUGAGCUUCUUCGGCACUGGCGAGUGUUUUGUCUUUAAGAUGAAGCCUGAGGUAGAGCGUUAUGAGUGGGUCAUCAUUAAACAUCCAGAGCUGGCCAGCUCUGUGUCCGAUCGUGCAGCUGAUGCUAACGCUCCAGACUCUGACGAGAACAUACACUCACUGCCUGUGGAGGCUCCGCCCAACUCUGGCACAGACUCCACCCACCUCUCGCCAUUCCUUGCUGCCCGACACUUUCACCUGAAUGUUCAUAACACGUCCAUGUUUAUGGCGGGAAACGUUGAAUCUAUCAUCAUCGGAGGUGGUGAGGGGAACGCUCUGUAUAUCGACUCGGAGCUGAAUCACGGCCGGACGGGUCGCUGCUCCACCUUCGACAGUCCACCGCUGUGCUCCGAGAACUUCCAGAUCGCCGUGCUCGAGGUCUGGGGCUUCCAGGACGCCAUGGCAACCUAACAGCCAAUUAGCACAUCCGGAGAGAGAAUGCUGCAGCCAUCAUUACCGAGUUCAUCUUUAUAUCGUUAUAUUAUAUUAUAUUAUGUUAUAUUAUAUUAUAUUAUAUUAUAUAAAAGCAUGUGGAUGUGUUAACACACAUCCUGAUUCUGAUCCUGAGCCUGCUCUUCAUUGCAUAGUGCACUACUUUUGGACAAAUUCUUGAAAGAAACCCACCAGCAUACUCGAGAAAGUUUCAGAACAAUAAGAUAAAUUACGCUCAAUUACAAUAUCAGUGUCUGCUUACAGCUUCCUGUUUUCUAGUGUUUCUGGUGAUUUCUAGUGUUUGUGUUUAUUUGUGAUGUAAUUUCCUUAUGAAUCACGUUAUAAUACAGUAUAACUAUUUCUGAGUUAAUUAUCACAGUAAAUUGCCAUACUGAUAUAUCGUCACAUCUCUAACCAGGGUCAACAACGUUCUUCUUAGUAAUCAUAAUCUAUACGAUAUUCGCAGUAUCACAGUAUACUAUCAAACCGAUAUAUCAUCAUACACAGUGAACCGAAGCUUGUGCAGAAUACCCAUAAUGCACUGCAGUCUUAUUAUGUUAUUGUUAAUAUUUAAAUUACAAUACAUCGUAUAUCAUUUGUUGUUAUUUGUUAACGCUCGUUAUACUGAGUUAAAGCUAGUUUCAGAAACGAUCUUUAUUGUUCAUGGUUCUUGAUCAUAUCAUCGUGUUUGAUGAAUGUUGUACGGAUAUUAGACUGUCGUUAGAUAAAAUUUCUAUGUGUAGAUUUGCCAAAUGUUGUCGUUUUACCGAGUAUGUUUUGUGUUUGUGAGUAGGUGUGUGUGUAUUAUGUAUGAGAAGGUUCUUACUUGUGAAACUGAACAUAUUAAUGAAGUGUGUGUGUUGUGCUAGUAAAGUAACAUUUUGAACAUAUCAUUAAAAUUGUAAUUGUUUAAAUGGUAAAGUCUUAAAGAUGAAGUAUGUUGAUGUUAAAAAAAAACACGUUCUAUAACAGAGGCUGUGUGUGUGUGUGUGUGUUCAUCAGUAUUAUCAUUGUGUAUGUGUUAUAUCAUUAAUUAAAGCACAUCACUCUGUAUCAUAAAUGUCAAUAAAGUGUUUAAUAAAGUGUUUAGAGCAAACACCCUUGA